AUGACCGCUACCACACUCCCUCCCCACUCUGCGUUUGACCCCGAACUUCACUACGGCGAUGGCGACGACAACGCCUUAUACAACAUGUUUGCGACAUGGCCAGAGAACUAUUUCAGCAGCCUUCCUAAACCACAUGACGACUGGUUCCGCGGCCAUGGCGCCCGGCGGUUGUUCACCUCUUUCGUUCCGGGCCCCGACAAGCUUGAGAGAGUCCGCUUACGCGAGCAGGCAAAUUCAGAUGAGCAGCACGCGAGAAGCACGGUCCGUUUUCGAUCCGCCUUGGAUUUUGCCCAAGAGCAAGCCAAGUUGGACAAUGCACUAGCUCUGGAACUGGCUCAACACUGCCUGGCACCUGCUACGCAGCGGGUUGCUCGAGGCGCCCGAGACCCACCACCACCGUCGGUCUCACCAGUGUCACCCUCGCCGUCGCCAAGCCGGGAGCAAGAGGAAUACGAGGAAUGGGCCGGUCUGUCCGACACAGGGUCCAGCGGUCACGGCGCCUCGAUACCUAUCCCCAACCCGCCAAUCCCUGGCCCUGCCAUGGUAUCGGUCGAUGCCCUUCAAUCCUCCAUCAACGAGUUCGCGAAAGAUAAUGGAUUUGGCGUUGUAAGGCAUAACGGUUCCGGCAGCCAACUGCGGAAGACCAGAUAUGUGUUUCAGUGCGAUCGAUACGGCGAGCCUCGCACACCAAGGGGCGCAGGUCUCCGCCAAAGGCGGUCGCGCAAGUGUGGUUGUAAGUGGAGGGUUAUUGCGGAGGCCCUGGAGCAGAACGACUACCUGUGGACUCUGCGGGCAUUUGCCGACCCUCAGUAUAGCCAACACAACCACGACCGUACUAUGAGUCUGUCAGCGCAUCCAGUCCAUCGGAGACUUACUCUCGCAGGGUAG